UAACUUGCACCAAUAUAUGUCUCCUCUCCACCCAGACAGCAAAGAGGCCAGGGAGCUGCUGCUGCUUUCUGCUUGCUUUUGGAACAGUUAUCGCUAUAAGUCGACUUUUGCUGUGCUUCUCUCUCAGUCCCACUGCCAAAAGCAUAUCUUCUGCCUUUACAGUAAACACAAAGCCAGGCGCACUCUCACACAUCCAUGCGCACUCUGCGCACAGCUAGGCGCACUCUCACACAUCCGAGCGCACUCUGCAGACUGCCAAACUCUCUCCUGAUUGCAGAAGCUGAAGGAAGACCGAUGGGUGCAGCCCCCAGCAGUGGCUGAGAUUGCUCUCUAGCGCAGAUCUGCAUUUGGAAUCGUGAAGAAGCUCCAAUCCCAGCACAAGAUGAAGGCGCCGCAGCGCUCAGCAGGGCGCACGGAUCAGAUGCUCGGCGCUAUGGCAGACAUCCUGGGAUCGUUUGGACUUCCAAGACACCAGUGGCUUCCAGACUCAGCUUCUGAGCACAGUAGAAAUCAGGAGAAGAGAGACGGAGAGAAUACCCCAGAUGGAGAGGAGGAACAACCCAGUGUGGAGCCCCCUCACACAGCUUCUGGUCUUCAAGUUCCUACUGAUAGCUUGUGCCCUGGGAUGGGCAGAACCAGGCGCCUCUCAGACAUCCGUGCGUGGUUUGGAGAAAACUUCUUUCAUACGUCAGAAGAAGAAUCCUACUCAAUUGCCGGCAGCGAUGGGAGCAUAUCAGCUUCGGUGGCUUCCAUCCAACCACAACCUUCAACUAGUUCAGCACCCAGUUCCCCUGGAUCCAGGAGGUCAGUCAGCACCUUGAAAAAAUGGCUGACAAAUCCAGUAAGGAAGCUGAGCAGUGGCAGCCGUUUGGAUCAACGACAGAGUAAGAAAAUUGAAAGCAGGCCAAAGAGAGGUAUAACAGGCCGGAGGAGGAGUGCUGAUGAUGGAGGCAGGAGGAGUUUUGAUUUAGGAGUCUUGCGGAAAAUGGAUGAGUUUAGCCAUCCCAAGGACAAGGGAUCGGAAUGGAAGGAACAGGAUCUCCCUGAUCAGUUGCCUGAUCUAUCAAUAUUAAAUGACUUGCUACAAGGGGUAACCACAGAACCCAACAAUAAGGAUCCACACACAUCCUACCUCUCAGAUCCUACAGAUUCUUCUGCGUCAGAAAUAUCUAUUAAACCCUCCUUCCCCCCAGCAGAAACAGAAGAAGAAAAGAAGAGUGCCUUAGAAAAGAGUAUAUAUGUUUUGAUGGAGCUUAUAGAAACUGAAAAGAUGUAUGUUGAAGACUUGCGCCAAAUAGUGGAGGGUUACAUGGCCACCAUGAACGCACAAGGAGUUCCAGAAGACAUGAAGGGAAAAGACAAAAUUGUUUUUGGAAAUAUACACCAGAUCUUUGACUGGCAUAAAGACUAUUUUUUAGGUGAGCUACAAAAGUGCCUUGAGGACCCAAACAGAUUAGCAUAUCUCUUCAUCAAGCAUGAGCGCCGGCUGCACAUGUAUGUGGUGUACUGUCAGAACAAACCCAAGUCCGAGCACAUUGUAUCGGAGUACAUUGACACCUACUUUGAGGAGUUGAGACAACAGCUGUCACACCGCCUCCAACUCAAUGACCUGCUUAUCAAGCCAGUGCAGAGGAUAAUGAAGUAUCAGUUGCUGCUAAAAGACUUUCUCAAAUAUUACAGCAAAGCUGGACAAGAUACAACAGAACUGGAGAAAGCUGUGGAAGUGAUGUGUUUCGUGCCCAAGCGCUGCAAUGACAUGAUGAAUCUAGGCAGGCUGCAGGGAUUUGAGGGAAAAAUUACUGCUCAGGGGAAGCUUCUGCAACAAGACACAUUUUUGGUGAUCGAGCAGGAGAGCAGCUUUCUGACACGCUGCAAAGAACGUAGGGUCUUCCUCUUUGAACAAAUUAUCAUCUUUAGUGAACCGAUUGAUAAAAAGAAAGGUUUCUCCUUGCCUGGAUACAUCUUUAAAAACAGCCUCAAGAUUAGUUGCCUCGGCAUUGAAGAAUCUGUGGAUAAUGAUCCCUGUAAGUUUACCCUGACGUCACGAGGUACAAAUAGGAGCUUGGUCCGUUAUAUAAUGCAGGCCUGCACACAAGAGAUCAGGCAGGCUUGGAUAAAAGAUAUCGGACAGAUCUUGGAGAGUCAGAGGAACUUUCUCAAUGCUCUUCAGUCUCCUAUUGAAUACCAACGUCAAGAAAGCAAAUCCAAUAGUCUGGGCCGAAACAGUAACCUCCACAUUAUGGAAACUUCUCGUGGUGGGUUAAGGCCCCAUUCUUCCGCUUCUAUGGACAGGAACAAAGUUCCCAACCUUAAGACAUAUAAUUCUUCUCUUCCUUCACUUUAUUUGCCAAGCAACUUUCGUCAAGACAGUAGACUGUUUGGGAACAAGGUACACUCAGCUCGGAAAGGUUCUCACUCAGAUGUCCUCCCUUCACCUGAAAUUCUUUCCCCAACACAUAUCAGCCUUGACUUUCAUCAUCCAGAGUCAUCUUCGCCUACAGUGUCCAAUGGGACCUCUCAAAGUGACUCCACCAGCCGGAAACCAAGCAUAUCAGAACGAGAACUACCUGGCUAUGCAUCGUCUCCUGAUGAUCUUGGUGUUCCUACUCCCAGGUUGGCCAAGCUGGAUGAAGAUGAACUAUGAGCUUUGCCUUCUUGUUCAGGAUUUGCCAGUUUAUCUAUUCCUGGAGCAAGAAUAGCAUUGUGCCAUUGGUCUGAGACCACUCGAGGAGACAAAAAUACACUUUUGUUUGGCAUAUGCCACAUGAGAUGGGAUUCUCAGCUUUUUACAUAAAACUAAAACAGCUGGUGAAAGAGUAUGAAGUCUGCUCAUCAGCAAGCAAUGUUAAUAUGAGAACAUUCUUAAAUAUCCUAUAAACUCUCACUGCUGCAUGGGGAAAUUGAGGACACAUUGUGUUUGUUCAUAGUGGAGUCCUUACUGUACAGUGACUGUAUGAAUCAAUGCUCUAAAUUGGCAAACAUGGGAGUUGUUAAGUCAUUCUUUAAGGAUGUGUUUUUUUAAAUAAGCAUACAUAUCCAUAAAUGUCCACUCCCCUGGAUCAAGACUUGAUGAUGUCAACACAAUGUAAAACAUCUUCCAGAAAUGUGGAACCAUUUGGGUCUUGACAUUGCUUCUGCUCUUUGAUCACAGCUUUCUGUGAUUUUCAUUUUUAGAUUCUCAAUGUGCAUUACAAAUUGGGCACUAAAAAAACAAGUAAGAAAACACAUACAGUAACGUGUGAAGCUCCAGGACACAAGAGGGAACAAGAGGAGCAGAGCUAAACAAAUAUUUUAUUUAGCUCUCAGGUCACUUGUACAUUACAGUGCUUAUAAAUGAUACCAAAUACUUGCUAAUAAAAGCACUUCAACCUGAUGGACCAAUACAACCACUUGCAUACAGCUAAGUCAAUGAAAAAAACAGUAAAAAGUCUUGUAUGUAGACACUGUCCAUUUUGAUGGACACUGGUGUUAUAAUGAAAUGUAAUCCAAAAACAGUUUUUUCUAGGUUUGGUGGAUUCUGAAUGACACGUAUAGUAGAACAGUAAUAACUACAGCUCAGAUUACAAGGUGGCUACAUUCUUUGUAAGGGUUUGCUGGGAUCCCAUUACCAACUUACCGAAUGAAGUCAAGUCAGAUCCCAUUUUUCUAGAUUUCUUGAUAGAUUCUCCCUAACACAAGCAUAUUUUCACAAAUAAUUAUAUAUAAGUUCUGUGCUUUUUAAUCUUGUCUGUCAUCAUUGUGAAGUAUGGUAUCAGUAUAUGGCUCCCCUUUUAAGGUUUUGUCAGAGUUAUAUCUUGCAGUCUAUCCAUGGACAAAAGAAAAAUAAUUUCAUAUUUAACUUUGCUUCUGAUUUUUUCUAGAUUUUUUUAUCUGUGAUCUCAGAUGCCUUCCAAAGUUUUGCCAAUUUGUGUACAUACAAUGUUUGAGGAAUUUGUGACUUUAUUCUUCUGAUGUUGGCCAGGAAAACCUAGCAAAAUGGACAUAAGUCUUUGGCCAUUUAAGAAUGUGUGUGCUCUAGAUGAUGGGAAGGGGACAUGAGCACCAGAUACACAUGGGGUCAUUUAUCAACACUGGGCAAAUUUGCCCAUGGGCAGUAACCCACGACAACCAAUCAGAUUGCUGCAUUCAUUGUCCUACUUGCAGAUGACUUCAAAAAGCUAAUCACUGAUUGGUUGCUAUAGGUAACUGCCCAUGGGCAAAUUUGCCCAGUGUUGAUAAAUGAGCCCCAUGAUGUCUUCUAUCCACUUGCAUUCUUUCCAAAACUGGGUAUAUAAUAUGUUAUUAAUGUAAAUGUACAAGGCAAUUAUUUAAGUGGUUAUUAUUGUUCUGUUCAUAUUAAGAGAUGCCCACAUUUUUAAGACUUUGUUUUGAACCUUGUUUUAUAUCCAGUAUAAAGAAGCCGGUGAUUACUGAGCCUUAUGAAAUGAUAAGGUGCCCAUACAAAUAAAUUAGUGGCAAACUGUACUUAAAAAGGUAGUUUACUUCUCUUUAUAGAAUGCCUAUUCUUAGCAACUUCUCAUUUGGUCUUCAUUUUUAUUAAAAAUUUUCAAUGGGGGUCACGUUGGUUUCCAAAAAACAAUUGCUUUAAGUUUUAUUGUUAUCCGUUAUUUUCAUCCUAUUCAUCUUCCAGUCUUUUAACCACUUAACAAGUUGCGAGAGUAAAAUUGACCCUAGCAACCACAUAUAUGCUGAAAUUGAAGACUGGAACGCUAAAUAACUCAAAAAGACUAAUUGCAAAUUAUAAUUCUUCAUCUUACUACAAGUUAAUACAUAGGUGAACUACCUCUUUAAAACUGCUCAAAUAUUUAUUAUGAGAUGCUUCAGUGUUGCUUGAUGAACGUUCUUCAAGACCAUAACAAAAUAUAGGAAAUUCCUGCCUUUAUAUAAUCCCCAACUGAAGACCAGUCCUCCCGUUCCUUAAAAUCUUCCAGCCAGUGUGUUGAAGACUUAUAUUUAGACACCUGCUAAAACAAAAGAUGGCAGUGUUUGUAGAAAAUUCAGAAGGCUUCCCUACAUAACAGUUGCUUAGCUUGAUAAACCCCAUCCAUAAAACGGGUAUUGGAGCAGUCACCACUGCCUUUAAGCAUGUGAAGAGAUAAUGAUAUCCUGCAGAAUGAAGUGCCGCAGGAUACUCCUUCCCUUUUCUUUUGUUUUUGCCCCAUUCUUUGUAUUGCUGUUUCAUGGAAAGUUUUUUUAACAGAAAACCUCUAUAGAAAGUGGAUAAUUGGCUCCCUUUCUUAUUUCAGGGAACAGGACUAUUUCUAUGUAUAAUGUAUCAAUGAACUUUACCUUUAAUUCUUGCUACAACCCUGGCAUUUCUUACACGCCAGUUUCUCCCUCAUCACCAUAAGGAAAGUACAUUUCCUAUAUACGUAUAAACAUUAAUUUAUAGGUAAGAAUUCGAUAUUUCUUAUAUACUAUUGUUGGAUGUCUCUUUAUACAGUAUCACUGUAUAAAGUAUUGGGGGUAGACGUAUUAUAGUUCUAAUGGUAAAUUUGAAUUUUCAAAUUUUUUGCGUGUCAAAACUCACAAAUUCUAAUUUAAAAGCACCAACUCGUAUGUAAAUUGAAUGUGCAAUGUAUCACACUUUGACCAUGGAAACAGUUCUAAUUAGAAAAUUCGCCACCUAAAACCUACCAAAUUCAUUUACAAGUCAAUGACAGAGGUCCGUUGACACAUUUGAAGAUAUUAAUAGCCUUCCUGACAUUUGAGUUUUUUUUCGGAGGAAAAUUGGAUUUGAGUUUUGUUCGUAUUCGAUUUGAAUAUGCAUCGAAUUUUCAGGUCAUUCCCAUAUUUUAGACGUUCUCAUUUUUUCAUAAAUGAACUCCCAUUCGAGUUGUGAGUACAUGUAAAUUUAUUAGAGUAAAAUAAAAUUCACAUCAAUUCGAAAUUCGACUUUUGAUUAAUCUGCCCCUGUAUGUAUUAUGAAAAGGCUUAAUAAAGUAGAGCAAAAUAAAGCAAGAAGGAAAAGAUGGAGGAGGAAAUGUAGGAGGAGACUUUGGAUGGGGCCCAGAACAAGGCUAUAAAAUUCUUUACAGUUAUGGUUGUAUUAGUUAAUGGUAUGCUGUUCAUUCCAAACAAAUGUCAGUUGGCCUUUUUUGUUCUUAAGCAAAGUUUGUAUGUAAUGCUUGAAUACACUGGUAGAGGCUUUGAGGGACUGAGCUGCAGGUAGGGAUAAUCAGGGCAGGUAUUUCCUUUCUAGAAAUUAUUAUAGUAUUAUGGUCUGGCAGGAGGUGCCCCAAGUGAUGGCAGAAUAUUACAGAAAAACAGGGUCCCCAGAAUUCUAUUUGUAUAUUGUAGGAGACUGAGUGGCGCCUGGUGGUGUGUGCACUCUCAACCAUCCUAAAACCCAAAGAACAAUAGACAAUUAUUUAGAUGUUCACAGUCCUAACCUUAAAAAGACGAAUGAGACUUGUAUUGUCAGUGCAAAAAUAUUUACAGUCACUACCAUUAUCCUGUAGGAAUAUCCAAAUUGGUAUUGCCUACGAGUGGCUCAGUCAGAUGUGGUUAACCUAUGUGGUG